AUGGUUAAAGUAGCUGUCUUAGGUGCCGCCGGUGGUAUUGGUCAACCAUUAUCCCUUUUAUUAAAACUUAAUCCUCAAGUUUCUGAAUUGUCCCUUUUUGAUGUUGUCAAUGUUCCAGGGGUUGGUGCUGAUUUAUCUCACAUCAAUUCUGAUUCUACCACCAAAUCUUACUUACCUGUUGACAAGGAAGACAAGACCGCUUUAGCUAAUGCUUUAUCUGGUUCUGAUAUUGUCAUUAUCCCAGCUGGUGUUCCAAGAAAACCGGGUAUGACUAGAGAUGAUUUAUUCAACAUCAAUGCUUCUAUUGUCAAGGGUUUAGCUGAAGGUAUUGCUGCCAACUGUCCAAAGGCUUUUGUUUUGAUCAUUUCUAACCCAGUUAACUCUACUGUUCCAAUUGUUGCUGAAACCUUGAAACAAAAGGGUGUUUAUGACCCAGCUAAAGUCUUUGGUGUUACCACUUUAGAUAUUGUUAGAGCUAACACUUUUAUUGCUCAAUUAUACCCAGGUGAAACCAAACCAACUGAUUUCAAUGUUAGAGUCAUUGGUGGUCAUUCUGGUGAAACCAUUGUUCCAUUAUAUUCUUUAGGUGAAACUAAAUCUUAUUAUGGAAAAUUAUCUGCUGAACAGCAAGCUGAAUUAAUCAAGAGAGUUCAAUUCGGUGGUGAUGAAGUUGUUCAAGCUAAGAAUGGUGCUGGUUCCGCCACCUUAUCUAUGGCUUAUGCUGGUUACAGAUUAGCUGAAUCUAUCUUAAAGGCUGUCAGUGGUGCUGAAGAUAUUGUUGAAUGUACUUUCUUAAACUUAGUUGAUGAAAUCAAGGGUGCCAAGGAAGCUAAGGCUUUAGUCAAUGGUUUAGAUUUCUUCUCUUUACCAGUUAAGUUGAGUAAGAAUGGUAUUGCCGAAGUUCAAUAUGAUAUCUUAAACCAAAUUUCCGAAUCUGAAAAGAAAUUAUUGGGUGUUUGUAUUGAUCAAUUACAAAAGAACAUUGAAAAGGGUGUCACUUUUGCUUCUAAGUAA